UAAAAAACACUGCAGAACCCCAACUACACACAACACACACAGCAUAGGGCUCCGUUCCCAAUCUCUCUCAUUCUCAAUGCGUCAUUGGAUCUGAGUUCCAACACCUCAAAACUGUGAACUAAGAUCCGAUUCUUGACCCGAUCCAUAUGGGAAUGCGAAUGCCUCAUAAGCCAUGACCAAAGCCGUCGUAAAGAACCACGAACAAAACGACGACGACGAACAUUAUUGUUUCUACGACUCCAACGACCGCUUACUCUCCUCCUCCUCCUGUUCCACCUCCACCUCCGACGACGGCAACACCACUCCCAAAAACGACACCGACAACAUAAAAAACGACACCUCCAAUCCAAACUCUCCUACUCAUGUCCUGCUCCAAUUCCCCUUCGCCACCAUGUGCAAGUACGAUGUAUGGAUCUCCGAACCCUCCUCUGUCUCCGAACGCCGCACCCGCCUCCUCCACCAGUUCGGCCUCGCCGAACCGCCUUCCGCCUUCGCAAUCGCCGGAUCUGUCUCUUCUCAUCACCACCACCUGAGGCGCACCGACACUUCUGGUUGCGCCUCCGUUGCGGCCGGGAUAUCCCGAUCGAAAUACGACGGCGCGGCGCAUCGCGGCGAUCAUUGUUACAAGUCUUGCACAUGUUGUGGUCCUUGUUUUUGUGGGUCUUCGAUUCUUCUUUCUAUUCGUUCGGUCGAACCGGAGAGUGAGACCGGUUCGCUUGUAAAUAACGGUGUCAAUGGCAAUGGUGGGUCCGUAAUUGUUGCGGGUUCUACUUCCCUGAAUAAGCCACCUUCGGGGAAAAUUUGCAAAAGGGUGUACGGAAAUGGUGGAAUUGGAGCUGAUUCAGUGGAGGAGGGUUUGGACAGGGUCGAUGAACAAGCGUGCACGAUAAGAGAUCUGGAUAAUGGGAAGGAGUUUGUGGUGAAGGAGGUUAGGGAAGACGGUAUGUGGAACAAGCUCAAGGAAGUGGGAACUGGGAAGCAUUUGACUAUGGAGGAAUUUGAGAUGACCGUAGGGCACUCCCCAAUUGUUAAAGAGCUAAUGCGGAGGCAGAAUGUGGAGAAGGGUAAUGGGGAUGGUGUUGAUUUGAAUGUGAAUGGCGGUGUUGGUGGUGGUGGUUGUGGUGAUGGUGAUGGUUGCAAGGUGAAGAAGAGAGGGAGUUGGUUAAAGAGUAUAAAGAGUGUUGCAAGUGUCAUGGCAGGUCAUAAGGAGAGGCGGAGUGGCGAUGAGAGGGAUACCUCAUCCUUGGAGAAGGGUGGCCGGAGGUCGAGCUCUGCCACAGAUGAUAGCCAGGAUGGUUCAUUUCAUGGGCCUGAGAGAGUGAGGGUUAGGCAAUAUGGGAAGUCAUGUAAAGAGCUUACAGGGCUUUAUAAGAGCCAGGAGAUACAGGCUCAUGAUGGAUCCAUUUGGAGCAUUAAGUUUAGCUUGGAUGGGAAGUAUCUUGCUAGUGCAGGUGAGGAUUGUGUUAUCCAUGUUUGGCAGGUAGUGGAGUCGGAGAGGAAGGGUGAGCUGCUGCUGAUGGAGAAACCAGAAGAUGGGAAUAUGAAUAUGUUGUUUGUUGUGAAUGGAUCUUCGGAACCGGCUCUGCUGUCCCCUGGCAUGGACAAUAAUCCAGAGAAGAAAAGGGGGAGAUCGUCUGUUAGCAGAAAGUCAUUGAGCUUGGACCAAUUAUUGGUGCCGGAAACUGUGUUUGCACUCACUGAAAAACCCUUUUGCUCCUUUAAGGGUCAUCUCCAUGAUGUGCUUGACCUAUCUUGGUCCAAGUCUCAGCACUUGCUCUCAUCUUCGAUGGACAAAACAGUGCGGCUGUGGCAUUUGUCUCGCAAGUCUUGUUUGAAAAUUUUUUCACACGGUGACUAUGUAACGUGCAUACAGUUUAAUCCUGUUGAUGAUAGAUACUUCAUUAGUGGAUCUUUGGAUGCUAAGGUUCGCAUAUGGAGCAUUCCUGAUCGACAAGUUGUUGAUUGGACUGAUCUGCAUGAGAUGGUCACUGCUGCUUGUUAUACGCCUGAUGGUCAGGGCGCACUAGUUGGCUCAUAUAAGGGUAGCUGCCAUUUAUAUAAUACAUCUGAAAAUAAGUUUCAACAGAAAAGUAAGAUAAAUUUGCAGAACAGGAAAAAAAAAUCAAAUCACAAGAAAAUUACUGGCUUCCAGUUUGUCCCAGGAAGUUCUUCAGAAGUACUCGUCACAUCUUCUGAUUCACGGAUUCGGGUUGUUGAAGGUGUUAAUCUGGCUCAUAAGUUUAAAGGAUUUCGAAAUGCAAAUAGCCAAAUUUCAGCCUGCCUCGCAGCAGAUGGUAAAUAUGUUGUCUCAGCAAGUGAGGAUUCUUAUGUAUACAUCUGGAAAAAUGAAGCUGAUUGCAGACCUAACAGGACCAAAGGUGUCACUGUCACAAGUUCAUAUGAGUAUUUUCACUGUAAAGAUGUGUCAAUGGCCAUUCCUUGGCCUGGUAUGGAUGAUGCAUGGGAGAUGCAUAAUGCAUUUUCAGGAGAACAAACUGAGCUUGAUGAUGAGGUCUCAUCAGCCAAUCAUCCUCCUACUCCCGUAGAGGAGAAUUUUGGCACUGAGGGUUCACAAUCUGCUUUAGGUUGCAACAAUAGUCAACUUCAUGGAACUAUUGCAAGUGCAACUGAUAGUUAUUUUAUUGAUAGAAUUUCUGCAACAUGGCCAGAGGAAAAAAAAUUUACUGCAAGAAACCGAAGCACUCGUGUCAGUGUGGAUUUAUCAAAUGGGGUGUAUCAGAAUAUGUCAGCCUGGGGUAUGGUGAUUUUAACUUGCGGCCUUAAAGGGGAAAUUAAAACUUUCCAAAAUUUUGGAUUGCCACUUGGUAUAUAAGAGAUUAUCGAAAUACAUGCCAAUGAGCAUGGGAGAAUGAGUUGAAUAUAUCAGCUCAGUAGAAGAUAAAGGGGGAUGCAAUUGGGGGUGGUUGGACUUCAUUUUCUUCCUUAGUUGGUGAAAAUUUGUACAGAGAGAUGUUGUGUGAGAUACUAAUAGGGAUUGUUCCAUUUUUAUCCUUAUUCUUUUGCUUGUCGGAUGAAGAGAUUGGUUGCCAUUCUGAUCAGGCAUUUGAGGGGCACAAAAAAGAAUUCAAAUGAAAAACAGAAACUGUAAACAAAAAAGAAAAGAAAAAGGUACACCGGGAAUUUGGAAAUCGAUGGGUUUAUGUAAUGGGGAAAUGUAGAUUAAUGAGAAUGGGAAAAGCUUGUUGGAUUACAAAUGAUGAUUCUUUUACAUUUGUUAAUAUAGUCUUGUUCUGUAAUUCAUUCUCUUACGUUGGAAUUGUUUACAAUAAA